UAGGCUCCUUAUAUAGCUGAUUUCCUGAGACUUCCCUUCUUCAGUCCUUUGUAUGUAUUAUUUUUAUUGGUUGAUUGCAGUGCUGGGGAUCAAAAACAGGGCCUCCUGCAUGCUAGCUGCCAGUUUUGAGACUCUGCGGUGUGAAGGAGCUGUCAGCACUGAAGAGAGUGACUGCCACAUGGAUGAUGACUUGAAUGACCCAAGGGAAACUGACUUCCAGAUCAAAGGCUACACUUUCAGUGAACCCUUCCAUCUGAUUGUGUCCUAUGACUGGUUGAUCCUCCAAGGUCCAGCUGCACCCAUAUUUGAAGGAGAUCCACUGGUUCUGCGCUGCCGAGCCUGGCAAGACUGGCCACUGACUCAGAUCACCUUCUACCGAGAUGGUUCAGCCCUGGGUCCCCCUGGACCAAACAGGGAAUUCUCCAUUGCUGUGGUACAAGAGGCAGACAGCGGGCAUUACCAUUGCAGUGCCAUCUUUAGAAGCCCUGGUCCAGGGAGCCCAGAAACAGCAUCUACUCUGGCUAUCACAGUCCAAGAACUGUUUACAGCCCCAGUUCUCAGAGCCUCACCCUCAGCUGAACCCCAAGAGGGAAGCCCCGUGACUUUGAGCUGUCAGACAAAGCUGCCCCUGCAGAGGUCAGCCACCCAUCUCCUCUUCUCCUUUUACAAGGAUGGAAGAACAAUGCGCAGCAGGGACCUCUCCUCAGAAUUUCAGGUCCCUACAGCCUCAGUAGAGCACUCUGGGUUCUACUGGUGUGAGGCAGCUACUGAAGAUGGACAAGUUUGGAAACAGAGUCCCCAGCUAGAGAUCAGGGUGCAGGGUCCCUCCAGAUCUGCCACAUCUUCCACCUUGAAUCCAGCUUCUCAGAAACCAGCUGCUCCAGAAUCUACUUCUACUGAGCCCCCUGGGCCUCCACCUCCACUAUCUACCCCUUCUUCUGAGCAUCCAGGCUUCUCCUCUCCAGAUCCCCACCUGCAUCACCAAAUGAGCAUUCUUCUCAAACUCAUGCAGGAUGUAAGAGGUCUCCUUGGUCACCUGGUCAUAGAGCUGAGGGACUUGUCUGGCCACCUGAAGCCUAAGACCACAAAGUUUCCUGUCAAAUGAAAGUGCGCUAUUCAUUCAUGAUAUGGCUCACCCACCCCCAAUAAAUCCAACUUCUUCUACUUUCGUCUUUCUGUUCUGCACACAUGCAUAAAUAGUUUUAUGAGUUGUCCCCAGUGUCUUAUAAGAACAAUGCAGUUAGGGGCAUAUAAAUACAUUUAUAUGAAGCAAUAAGUGAAGUUUAGCUAUAAUUGUUUAUUCUCUUAUAACAUGACACCAUCAUUGUGUUCUCUCUGGGUCAGGAAUUUCUUUCUCUUCUCCAGACCAGAAUCUGGUGACCUGCAGAGAAAGAAUGGAAGUGGGUUUUAUACAGCAAUUUCAAAGGGGGCAAUUUUGUCCCCUUGACCUUUUUGUCCUCACCCAGGGCAAAAGUAAGGUGUGUGCUACUGGCUUCUAGUAUGGAGAAGUCAAGAUGCUGCUAACCAUCCUAUAAUGCACAGGAUUUCCUCUCCCUCCCAACAAAAGAUUAUCUGUCCCAAACUGCCAAUAGUGCCAAAGUUGACAAACCUCAGCCUAAUGAUAGUCAGAUGUUAGACUCGGGAGUGAGACUUUCCCCCUUCUAAUUAUCCUCCCCUCCCAACCUCCUAAAGCAAGUAUUAAUUACAUGCUACUGUUUAGUUGGUGCUAUGGUCUGAAUGCUUAUUUGCCCCCAAAUUUAUAUGUUGAAAUCCUAAUCCCUAAGGAGAUAGUAUUGGAAAAGGGACCACUGGGAGAUGAUUAGGUAAUGAGGAUAGAACCCUUGCAAUUGGGACUAAAUCCUUUUUAAAAGAGACCCUACAGAACUAGCUUGCCCUUUUGCCACAUGAGGACACAUCAAAAAGUGCUGUUUAUGAUCAGAAAGUGAACCCUUACCAGAUGCUAUCUGUUUGCUUGCCUUAAGCUUGGAC